AAUUAAAAAUUCUCUUUUUUUCGUCUUCUUGCUUUUUUCAAAAACCAGCAGCUUUAAUUAAGUACCUUCCCACACACACUUCUCCUCUCUCUCUCUUUUUCUCUUCUCUCUCCCAAACCUUUUAGCUUUCUUCUUUUCUUCUUCAGAUCAGCUUCAAAUUUCCAUAGCCAUGGACACUGCUAAAUGGCCUCAGGAGUUUGUUGUGAAGCCAAUGAACGAGAUCGUGACGAACACAUGCCUGAAACAGCCGAAUCCUCCUCCUCCUGCUGCUACUCCGGUUGAGAGGAAGGCAAGACCGGAGAGAGACCAAGCUUUGAACUGUCCAAGAUGCAACUCUCUUAACACCAAGUUCUGUUACUACAACAACUACAGCCUCACUCAGCCCAGGUACUUCUGUAAAGACUGCCGUCGGUAUUGGACCGAAGGUGGUUCUCUCCGGAACAUCCCCGUCGGCGGUGGCAUCAGGAAGAACAAGAGAUCUUCUUCCAAUUCCAAUUCCUCUUCCUCUUCAUCACCCUCCUCCUCUUCUUCAUCCAAGAAACCUCUUUUCUCCAACACCCCUUCGCCGCUCCCUCAGCUAAACCCUAAGAUCGGUGAAGCGGCAGCGGCGGCUACUACUGCUAAAGUUCAAGACUUGGCGUUUCCACAAGGGUUUGGGAACGCCCACGAAGUUAAAGAUCUCAACUUGGCGUUUUCUCAAGGGUUUGGGAUUGGUGGUCAUCAUCAUCACAGUAUCCCUGAGUUCCUGCAAGUAGUACCCAGCAGCAUGAAGAACAACAACAACCCACUUGUCUCAACCUCCUCUGCUUUGGAGCUUUUAGGGAUCUCUAAUUCCUCCGCUUCCUCUAAUUCACGCCCUGCUUUCAUGUCUUUUCCAAAUGUUCACGAUUACACAGCUUCUGGUUUUGGUAUGAGUUACCCACAGUUUCAAGACUUCAUGAGACCAGCUUUGGGCUUCUCCCUUGAUGGUGGGUAUGGUGGGGAUCCUCUACAUCAAGAAGAGGGUUCCAGUGUCACUACUAAUAAUGGAAGGCCUUCACUGCAAUUUGAGAGCCUGAAACUUCCAGUUUCAUCACCAAGCACCAAUAGUGGUGGCAAUGUGAAAGAGAAUGAUCAGCAUAGUGAUCAUGAACAUGAGAAAGAUGAAGGAGAAGCUGACCACUCUGUUGGGUUUUGGAAUGGCAUGUUGAGUGCUGGCACUACUUCUGCUGCAUCUGGUGGUGGAUCAUGGCACUGAUUAUAAUAGUCCCAAGGACCCAAGAUGUUCUUUUUUAGAAGAAAAGAUAUAAAAAUUUUCAUCCAAAUUUUAAAAGAUGGAGAGGGUUAACAACUUCAAUCUGGGUGUUUAGUACCUUUUGUUUUGGUUUCCUCCUUUUGUCUAAAAACUAGUAUUAACUUUGUUGGUUUGGGGAUGGAUACUGUAUCUAUUUUCUCAAUUGUUCGUUUACCUAAUUUUAUGAUAUUUUUCCGUCUA